UUGACUACGUGGUUAGUGAUCGCAUGUGCCCUUUCAUAAUUUAAAAGCGACUGCGAUUUACUUCAUUUUUCUUUUAACAUUUAAGUGUUUAAAAAGUAUUCUUAUCCUCGUGAUUUUUAUUGGUAAAAAAUGUCUCGUUAUCGGGAAUGGGAUCUUUCUUGUAAAGUGUACGUGGGAAACUUAGGCACCAAUGCAUCCAAGUAUGAAAUUGAGAAGAUAUUUUCUAAAUAUGGUAGCAUCAGAAACGUAUGGGUUGCAAGGAAUCCGCCCGGUUUCGCGUUCGUCGAGUUCGAAGAUCCACGUGAUGCUGAAGAUUCAGUCCGAGGCUUAGAUGGAACGAGAUGCUGCGGUACAAGAAUAAGAGUGGAAAUGUCAAAUGGCAGAACACGACGAGACCGCAGGUCCAUUUUAUCAACCAACCACCAACACACCACAUCUCUUCACAACUACGGCUUUAUUUCCGCGACCGUCGCCACCAUCUGCGAACACAACCUACGCGCCGAAGCCUCCGCGAUCAGCGGCCCAAUUAUCCUCAUGACAGCUAUCACCUAACCCCGACCUCCUUAAGGACUUACACAUAGUAGGAACCAAUCCUUGCGAUCCUCGAUGCUUCACUGCCAGCACACUAAAUGGGGCACCAAAUUGAAAUACAACAGCGCUCAACUAAUUUUUUCGCGAAUCUUGCGGUUAAAACAUCAUUUGAAGAUUAUGUCCCCUUCGGCCACAGCAGCCACGACGACCUACAAGGCUCAUCAGUCUCGGUACUUUUUGAAACCUAUACUUAGCACUGCCUAACCUGUAUGCCUAGUGGUCAUUACAGGAUGUUAGUAUCUAAACAUAGAUCUCUUAAUGUAUCAUACUGAUAGUGAAGAGAAAUGGUUAAUUACGUUAUAAGAUGAGCUUUAAUUAAUGAAAUAGUUCCAUAAAAACAAUUUUGGAUGUCACUAAAUACAAUUUAUAAUAGUCCACAUAUUACAGAGCAGCAAGUUUUUAUAAUGAUAUACCUGUAUAUUAAAUGUUAUUU